AUGAGCGGCGAGGCGGCAGCCGUGGGCGGCGGCGGAGGAGGCGAAGGAGAGGCGAACGGGAUCCCGCCGAACGUCACCAUCUACAUCAACAACCUCAAUGAGAAGAUCAAGCUCGAAGAACUUAAGAAGUCCCUAACCGCCGUUUUUUCCCAGUUUGGGAAGAUUCUUGAUGUUCUCGCUUUCAAGACAUUGAAGCAUAAAGGCCAAGCUUGGGUUGUCUUCGAAGAUGUCACAUCAGCGACUGAGGCUCUGAAGAGGAUGCAGGGCUUUCCCUUCUAUGACAAACCUAUGAGAAUUCAAUAUGCCAAGACCAAGUCAGAUAUUGUAGCAAAGGCCGAUGGCACCUUUGUGCCUCGAGAAAGAAGAAAGAGGGUCGAUGAAAAACCUGAAAAGAAGCAGAAGCGCGAGCACCACUAUGAUGCUAGUCAAAUUGGCAUGGGUGUAAAUGCUUACCCUGGUGUUUAUGGGGCUCCACAGCUCACCCAGAUACCUAUAGCUGGAGGACAGAGGGUCAUGAUGCCAGAGAUUAUCGUACCAAACAAUAUCCUGUUCGUCCAAAACCUGCCACACGAGACGACACCCAUGAUGCUCCAGAUGCUCUUCUGCCAGUACCCUGGCUUCAAGGAGGUUCGGAUGGUUGAGGCGAAGCCUGGGAUUGCUUUCGUGGAGUAUGGGGACGAGGGGCAGGCCACUGCUGCCAUGAACAACCUUCAAAGCUUCAAGAUUACAAAAGAAAACCAGAUGGUCAUCACAUACGCGAAGAAGUAA